UGAAGAGCUAUGUAAGCACAGUGAGUGUAAAAAUUGUUUGGACACCGUUUAAAACAGAAUACCUCAUUUAAAAUUGGACCAAUUCACGCGCGUCUAAACUACGUGGCGGGGAGCAGUGUGGCGUUGGGCUCCUCCUCCGCAUCAUGAUACUACGCAAUUAAUGCUUGUUAAUAUCAUUAUUCGAUCGUUCAGUUUCAAGUUUCAAGGAAGACGCGGUUUUUAGAAAGAAAUAAUCGCGGUUUUAAAAAAUAAUUGUUGAAUUGAAUCGUUGCACGUUUUUUAAUUAUUCUGAAGCUAAAAAUAUGUUUACAAAUUCAACUUCUACUUAUAAAUGAUAAUUAUAAGUAUAAAAUAUUUGUUGCGAUUCCGUGAAGAAGAUAUAUUAUUUAAAAAAAAGUCAAAAUGAAUCGACAAUUCUCCAAACCAAUUCGAACUUAUGAAAGAAAGAAAUGUAAGGAUGUAGCAGUAAUAUAUCCGAAUUUACACAUUCAAUCUUCAAAUGAUGUUGAUAGCGAAAAUCCUGUUUUGUUCACGAAAAAGUUGAUUAAUGUCGAAAGGAAAGAAGCCAAUGAUGAUUCCAUGUCUUAUGAUCCUUUCGAUACAACGUUUGAUAGACUUGCUAGAAAUACAAGAAUUCCACCACCAGUUGCUAAAAUGUGUAACAAUGAAAACUCAUAUAAUAGUUCAGCUACUAGUACUAGUUGGAAUGAUAAUAAGUCUGAAAAUAAAUCUAUUGAAUGGGGUGAUGUUAUUGAUAAAAAACUGAUUUCUGUACAAAAGAUAGUACAUCAGAAACCAAAAAUGCAAGUUGUAAAGAAAAGAAUUAAAAGAAACAAGAUAAAAUCUAAGGUAAAAAAAAGUGAUACUCAUAAAGAUUAUAAAUUACAUAAAACAAAGGACAAUAACAAGUCAGUAUCUACAGAUUUAAACAUUGAUUCUCUAAAUUUACCUUCAGAGAUUGAUUCAGAGAUUAGAACACAGGGAAAAAAUUAUAAGAAAUAUACUUUACGGAAGAGUACAAAAGAUAUUGGUGGAUUAAACAAGCAAUCCACAGAAAAUAUACAAAUGAAGUCAUGUUCUGUGGUUUUAAAUACACUCAGCACAAUAAGAUGUGAUAAUAAAGUAAAUUCAAUGGAAAAUGAUUUGUCAUUAGGUGUACAUGAAAAUACAUCAAAAAAGCAACGAUUAUCAGAACAAGACAUUACCAAAGGAAAUAUAAAAAAUGUAGAAUGUAAUGAUAUAGAUGUAAGAUAUUGUUUUGUUAAAGUUAAACAAUUAGAUGUAGAUUCAAAUACAAAGUUAUUUAAUGUUGGGAAAAAAUGUGGAAGAAUAUUCAGUAGUACACCUAAAAGUAGAUCAGUAAAAUCUCAUUUAAUUUCUUUAUCACCUAUUGGACUUUCUAAUAAGUUAAACAAUUCAAUAACGCUUGAAGAUAAUAUUUCAACUACUGCAGAUAAUAAAGAUUCAGUUUCUAAUAAUUCUAAUGAAGUAAACGCAUGUUUGCACGCCAAAUUUGAUUUACCGUCUACUGAUGUGACAAAUAUAACUAAUCUUAGUAAGUGCAAUUUAAAACUAUUAAAAAAUUCACUGACCAUUUUCGAUUGUAACGACAAUAACGUUUGCGAUCAAAAAGAACAUUCAACAGAGGGAACAUGCGAAAAAUCUCUUAAAUUAGUGCGAAAUAAUUCCAUAAAUGAAAUAAAAGAGAUUCAUGUAUCAAAUAAAUUGGCACAAGAAGUGUUAGUCAGUAGAUACGGAAAAAAGGAAACAUCAGUUGAAUUUUCUAUUGAUUGUAACAGAUCUCAUUCCCUAUUUGAUGAUGAUACCGAUGAAAAUAUUGGGAAUAAAUUAUAUAUUGAUGUUGCAGUAAGUAAUAAAAUGUCUACCUAUAAUACAAUGUUAAAUAAAACAAAUAGUACAUCACAUAAUGAGAUAAUAGUAGACAUAAAUAGUACUGACAUAAAAGUAACGUGUGAUAAAAUAAAAGAAAUACCGUCCGAGUUAUCUGAUUUGUCUAAAUCAGUGAUUUUAGAUGCCUCACCUGAUGUAAAAACGAUAGAAACAAAUUGGCGGUCCGCAAUAAAGAAAAUGCAUCAAAACAGAUGAAAGUUUACUAAAAAAAAUGAUAUAUCAAUUACAGACAAAUCUUUUGUAAAUAAUGAUAAGAACCACAGUGUGCAUGAUUCUUAUGUAAUAUUGAAACGAUUACAAGAUCCUAUUAGAGUUUCAAAAAGAAGAAAACAAUAUUGUAAAUGGAAUUUGGACAUGACUAGUAUUUUUGAAGAUUCUGAUAAUAAUACAAAACGGAUAAACUUAGAAAGAGGAAAGGAACCCAAAAAACAGAUGUUAUCACUGGAAAAAUUGUUCUCAUUGGAAAAGAUAAUAGAAGAGUCAGAUAAUAAGGAAUCUGUAGAAAUAAAGAAAUCUAUUUAUUUAAAACCAGGCAAAUCUUGGGCAAGAUCUUUAUCAAUUUUGAACAAUAUACAAAAUAUAUCUGGGUUGGACAAGUUAUCUAUUGGCAAAGGUAAAAGGUGGAGGAAUAGUGUUCAAGAUGUCCUAAAUAUGCAGAAACAAGGAAUUAUACAAAGUUGCAUAAAAGAGAAUAGUAGUGGAAAAGAGUUGCAAGUAUGCAAUGAAGCAAUUAACGAAUCUAAAUGUAAACUGGAUGAUAAUAAAAGCAGAACUUGUGAUUCUACUAAUUUUGGACAUCUUUCUCGAAGAAUAUCCGUUUGUGUUGUUCCAAUCCAUAAAACUGUUGAAUCUAUCGAAGAUGCUCCGUUUCUUGAAGUUUAUGGCAUUGUUCCUGUAAAAAGUCAAAGAUAUACAUUAUUAAAUAAUCCUAAGAAAUCUUCAGCGUGCAAUAUUCACAGUGAUGAUGAUUUCACUGGUUGUGAUAUCAAAGAACAUGUUACUUCAACAGCAAAAGAAGUCAUUUUACAAAAAUGUUUACAGGAAGAUUACAUACCAUUUUCUGCGUAUUUUACAGAUUCGUAUUUAGAACAUUGUCGAAAAAUUGGAGAAGGUGUAUAUGGUGAAGUAUUUCUUUAUGCACAGGAAGACAAAAAGUCAGUUAUAAAAGUUAUUCCUAUAGAAGGCAAUGAAUAUGUAAAUGGUGAACCACAAAAAAAAUUCCAUGAAAUAUUAUCAGAAAUUGUAAUUGCAAUGGAAUUACAUAAUCUAAGAUUUAACACAAAAUAUAAUUCUGAUGGAUUUGUAGAAGUAAAAAAUAUCAAAUGUAUUAAAGGAAAAUAUCCAGAAAAACUUGUUGAGCUCUGGAAUGUUUAUGAUGAAGAAAAGCAUUCAGAUAAUGAUUGUCCAUCAGUUUUUAAUGAUGAUCAGUUAUAUAUUGUUUUGGAACUUGGACACGGCGGUCAAGAUUUAGAAGCAUUUGUAUUUAAUACAGCAGAGGAGGCUCACAUAUUGUUUAUACAGGCUGCAUUAGCAUUAGCAGUUGCAGAAAAAGCUGUUGAAUUUGAACAUAGAGAUUUACAUUGGGGAAAUAUAUUAAUAUCUCCAACAAAUGAUUCUCAUGUAUAUUACAAACUUGGACGAAGAAAGAUCAAAUUAAUUAGUAAAGGUGUAAAGGUAUCUAUUAUAGAUUUCACUCUUUCAAGAGUAACAUAUCAAGGAUGUAGUGUGUUUAAUGAUCUUGCAUUAGAUCCCACCCUUUUCACUGCUCAAGGUGAAUACCAGUUUGAAGUAUAUCGCUUAAUGAGAGAUAAAGUUAAAAAUGAUUGGCAACAAUUUGAACCUUACACAAAUAUUUUAUGGUUGCACUAUACUUUAGAUAAAAUGAUUACAGCAGUUAGAUACAGAAAAAGAAACUUAAGAAUUCAUCAAAAUAGCAUUAAAAAGCUCCAAGAACUGAAAAAUGAAAUUUUGACGUACAGUAGUGCCUUUGAUUUUGUAUCAAAUUGUGAUAAAAUUGUUAAUUUGGUGUGUAACGACUCAUAGACGGAAUGUAUCAUAACUUGCUCAAGAAAAAUAAGAGUGUAUAAAAAAUGUGCAAGAAUAUAAACAUUUAAUAAUUAUGG